AGAGAGAGAGAGAGAGAGAGAGAGAGAGAGGCAGAGAGGCAGAGAGAGAGAGACUUUCAGUACACUCCUCCAUUCACACACGGCGUCAGUCUGUGAGGGUUCGUGAAAGUGUGAAGUGUUAUAUGAGCGGCUUAUAAACGGCUUAUAGCAACUUUGUCACAGCUGUGGGAGAAACAUUUGCCUCAACAUUUGGAGCCUCCAACCUCACCAGCACACAAACAAGAUCUGCUCCAGCAGAAGAAACAUCCCAGCUGAAUUUGACAAAUCUUUCAGUUGAGCUGAAGUCUGCGAGCACCACGCUGUCAGGUAAUUCAUCUUGGACUUGGACAGAAUCUGGGAUUGAUUUGGGCCUCUUCAGAAAAUGAUGAUGACUGAAGAAGACAUGGAUUACGAUAACGGCACGUACGAGUACACGGAAUAUGAAUAUGUAGAGGAGUCCAAGGCAGGAGGGUACAGUCAGCGAGAAGCUCUUCACAUCAUAUCGGUCAUCAUCUACAGUCUGGCCUUCACGCUGGGCGUCAUCGGGAACGGCACGGUGAUCUGGGUGACCGCCUUCAAAAGCAAAAGAACCGUCAACAGUGUCUGGCUGCAGAAUCUGGCCGUGGCCGACUUCGUGUUCGUGCUUUUCCUGCCGUUCUCCAUCGACUAUGUGCUGCGGGAUUUCCACUGGCUCUUCGGGAAGACCGUGUGCAAACUGAACUCCUUCGUCUGCACCAUGAACAUGUACGCCAGCGUGCUUUUUCUCACCAUCCUCAGUUUGGAUCGCUACAUCUCAAUGGUCCACGUGACAUGGUCGGAAAAGUUCCGCACCGUCCGCCGGGCCUGGUGCGUGUGCGCCAUGAUUUGGAUCGCGUCGUGCGGUUUGAGCACUCCCACGCUGAUAUUCCGGGAUACGAUCCAGCAUAACGGCAAAGUGGUGUGUUUUAAUAAUUUUCACGACGAGAGCGGGCACAUGGUGAAAGUAAGACACAUCGCCAUGGUGUCGUUGAGGACGGCGGUGGGUUUCCUUCUUCCGUUCGCCACCAUCACCGUCAGCGGAGUGCUGCUGGCCCUGAAGAUGCGUGGGUCGGAUUCGGUGCGUUUCUCCAGCUUCACCAGAACCGUCUCUGCCGUCAUUCUUGCCUUUUUCAUCUGUUGGGUCCCGUUUCACACUUUCAGCCUGAUGGAACUGAGCAUGCACCACACCACCUACCUUCACUCGGUUCUUAUGGUGGGCUUUCCUCUGGCCACCAGCUUGGCUUUCUUCAACAGUUGCGUGAACCCCAUCCUUUACGUGCUGCUAACCAAGAAAGUUCGAAAACUGGUGAGGCGGUCGUGUCUGAACUUCACAAAGAGCUCGCUGAGAGAACUGAGUCAGUCUGUGUCCGCUACUGAGAUGGAUUCAGUGCUGGGCAGCUGUUCUCAAGAAGAACCCAUCGCAAACUCUUCUGUCUGACAAACUCUCACUCUGGACUCAAGAAGAAAACUGUUGAACGUCUGAGAGUUCUAGAGCUCCAGCUGGGCUGAAAUAAAUGGGAAACGCAGGCUUUGUGAUAUGACGUGUUUAAUACGCUUUACUAUCAAAAAUAGGUGAUAUCGUUUAUCCUGUAGGGAACAUACAUAUAUGUUUCAUAAGUGUUUCUGAAAAUCAGACAAACAAUAUAUUUCAGCUUUGCUUCAAAGAACUUUAUUUUGAACAAAAGUUUAUUUUACGUAUUUUUACAUACAUCUCUCUCUCUAUAUAUAUAUACUGUAUAUGGAAUGAAUAAACCUUGUUUUAAAUUGUCUUGCAUCAUUUACUCACCCUCAAGUUGUUCCAAACAUGUAUGAAUUUCUAUAUUUGCUAUAUUAGAAAAAACCUUGUUUAAUUUUUUUGUUCUGUUGAACACAAAAUUAGAUAUUUUGAAGACUUUAGGAAAGCAAACAGUUCUGGGGCUCUUUUGACUACCAUUUAAAUUUUUCCCACUAUGGUACUCAAUGAUGCCCCAGAAAUGUCAGUUGCUUAAAUUUUCCCAAAUAUCUUUCUUUGUGUUCAACAGAGCAAAACAUUAAUACCUGUUUGGAACAACUUGAGGAGUAUGGAAGCAUAUUGGUUGCUAUUUUCAAUUUGAAAUGCAAUACGCAAAAUGGCAAUGCAGUAUGUAAAAUGACAAUACAAUUGUGUAUUUAAAUAUACAUUUGAAAUAACAUAUGUGCAACAUUAAGUGCAAAAUGAAAAAAAAAUCCAAUUAUAUCAAUUACAUUUGUCAGUUUCUACACUAGUUUUAAUAUGUUAUUUAAAUGUAUAUUUUUAUCGCUCUUUAAGUUGCAAAAUUAAAAUGAAAAUGCAUUCCCCGGAUUUAUUAUAUAUGUUUAAGAUAGUCAAGCAAAACUGUAGCAAAAUGAAAAUUCAAAUGUUAUUUUCAGAGCCACAAGAAUACACAGCACCUGCUUCAUGGAUUUACAGUUUUAAUUGUUUGUUGAAGGCGGUAAAGUAAAGUGUAACAAGGAAGAGUGAUUUUAUUUCAUAAAAAAACGCAUGAGUACACAUUUAAGUGAAAUUUGCUUAUAGUGUGUAAUUCAAGGUUGUAAAUACAAAUAAAGUUUCCAAAAUGAAGAAAAA